GACUUUUAAUUUGAUUUAUACGAUUGUGAUUUUUUAUGUUUUAUUCGACGCCAGUAGCUUAAACAUUUAUUUGAUCGUUAAUUGAAAACCUUUGCGCAAGCUUUGAGGCUAUUGUUCGGCUGGAGAUUUCAUGAGAAUUUGAAACUUUUGAUCUAAACUAGUUAGGGGGUAAACUUCCUGGAAUUGGUAAAUUUAAUGUGGCUUACUUUUUACUAAAUUUGAAUGGAUUUAAGGGUUAUAUUCUCAUAUAUAUAAAAUAAAAGAAAUUACUAUUUUCUUGGAGCAAUAAGGAAACGAAUUUCACUUUCAGGAAGCGUUUUAAAUAUUUUGUUAUUGUAUUUUCAUGAAUUAUUUCAUUUACAACAGUCUUUCUUCUCUUUGAUAUAUGACAUACAAAUAUUGAUAGAGCAUCACAUCAGAUCUGUCUAGUUUUUCAUAAUAUAUAUAAACUACUCUAGCCUUGAUCUAACACUCAGAGUUAGCUACAAAAAUAAAAUAUACCUACAUGUAAUUACUUAAGAAAUCGUUGGCCAAAAAGUCCAUUAGUAUCGCAAUGCGUACACAACUGUGUUAUCUGUGGAUGUUUAGCUGUUUCUUAACUUAUCUUGGGGCUACUGUGGAUAGAGUGUCGAUGGAUAAGCUGGGCUUUCACAAUAACUACAAUGCAAUUGUGCGGGACUUAAUCAAGAACUGGGAGUCACCGAUUGUAUAUCUGCGGCAAUUGGGUUAUCUGCCCAAGGACUAUGAGGAUACAUCAAAGAUUAAGCCGAGCUUGGAUGCUCUAAUGAGUCGCAUCGAGCACGAUGAUCAGCAGAAUGCUAUACACACCGAAGGUGAUAAGGGCAAGCAGCAAUUCUGUGGAACAAAUGAUGGCAAAAAGAUGGAGCAGAAGAAGAAGAAAAAGAAGAAGCGAAAGGCCAUUUUGCUGCAGCCGCAGAAGGGCAAACGACGUGAUCGCGAGGCGAGUGCCACACAGGGCGUAUCCUAUCCCACAGUGGAUCAACUGUUGGCAAUGGUGCAGCAAGCGAAACCUGCGACAAUAGGCGAGCAGCCCAAGGCUCAGCCGUUGCAGGCACAGCCAAAGCCCGUGGAACAGAUUGACAGCUCGAAAUUGCAGCUGCUUGGCCAAAUGUUUUCAGAGCAGCGACAGGAGCCAGUGCAGCAAGAGCAGCCAGUGCAGCCAGUGCAGUCAGUGCAGCCAGCAGCCGAGGCCACUGAAAAUGAGAGUCUCCUGCAGCGUCUUGUCAAGAAAAUCAAUCCGAGCCCUGAGACCAAGCCACUGGAAGCGGCUCAGCCAAAUAUCGUUGGCAAUCUGCCGCAGUAUUCAAUUGAGCAACCAUCGCCAAUGGGGGCCUAUAACAUGAUGAAGAUGCUCAAUGAGAGUCCUGGCAAAAGUGUGUCCUCCUAUUUGGAAAGCCAAAAAGCGGAUACGAUCGCCCGGAUCCGGCGCAAUCUGAAAUCAAGAUUAAUACGGAAAUUGAAGCACCGCAAUAUCUAAAUUGGGAUAUACAAAACCAUCGGCUCAAAGAGAUCUCACCCUUACUCAAGGAUAACUAUGUGGAUAAAAUAGUGCGGAUCUUUGUCAAGAAACAGGAAGC